AUGUCAGUCUCCUUCAUGAUAUGGAAUGCUAGAGGGCUCGGAAACUUCAGCACUCUGAGCACCCUAAAACACUUGAUUAAGACGUAUAAACUUGAUUUUGUUGCCAUCAGUGAACCCCUGGUUUCUCCACAGCCUGAUCUACUCAAAAAGAGAUUAGGCAUGGAGUUUAGGGGUGUCAACACUAAUGGACAGAUUUGGCUGCUAUCCCAGAGUGAUGUGGGGAUUGAUAUUCUGGACAGUUCUGAUCAACUUCUGCACUGUCGGGUUACAGCUCAAAGAUGGGCAACGGCUAUGUACAUAUCAACUGUUUAUGGUAAGUGUACACGGCCGGGACGCUACUCGCUUUGGAAUAAAAUGAGGGAGAUCGCAGGAGAGAUGGAUGGUUCCCCGUGGCUAAUCGGAGGGGAUUUCAACACUUUAAUCUCAGAAAUCGAGCGACAAGGAGGUUCUCACAACAGAUACCGUGAGAUGCUCGAUUUUGCGGAAGCCAUUGAGGAUUGCCAACUGCUUGAUCCUGGAUUCGACAGCCUGAAGUACACAUGGGCCAGGGGAACACUCAGAGAGAGGCUCGAUAGAGUUCUCAUCGGGGAAGGUUGGACCAGCGCCUACAGUAGCACCAGAAUCACUCACCUCCCCUGGGUGGCCAAUGUUUGGUCUGCUGAUACAGGCUACCAUGGGAUGCGGAACCUGCAACUCAAACUCACGCGAACUAAGGGAGCGCUUAGACGGUGGAAUAAGGAGGUCUUUGGUAACCUCUUCGCGAACCUCCGGAAAGCCAAAGAGGAUGCUGUCAAAGCACAAGAGCUGUUUGAUACAACGCCCUCCCCAGCCAACCGAAUGAACAUGAACAGAGCAACAGCGGAAUAUAUCCUCCAAGUGCGGAUGGAUGAGGAUUUCUGGAAACAAAAAUCAGCAAUCAAAUGGAUUACAGAAGGGGAGCGGAACACGAAGUUCUUCCAUGGCUAG